CUUUGAUCAAGCAAAGAGCUUAGGUUCCAAUAAAAUGGCAGCGUCUUUCCACGUUCGCUCUAACAGUUUCCCUUCUAGAACUCACCCACAAGCCGCUCAUGUCGAUGAGCAGUUGGCCAGAUUGAGAUCAUCUGAGGAAGCCUCAACAUCUUCCACCUAUUCAAUCUGCAAAAUAAUUGACAACCUUAAAGAGCUACAUGAGUCCCUUGGCAAGCUUAUUUUCCUGCCCGUCACACAACAGGCUCUAGCUCAAGGACAGAACAAGAAAGCCGUCGAGCAGCUUCUUGAUGGAUCACUAAGGAUCUUGGAUUUGUGCAACAUUUCUAAGGAAGCUUUAUCGCAGAUGAAAGAGGGUCUAAUGGAGAUACAAUCGAUUCUACGAAGAAAACGAGGAGAUUUAUCAGGAGAGGUGAAGAAAUACUUAGCCUCAAGAAAGUUCCUCAAGAAGACAUUUCAGAAAGUACAAAAGCCUUUAAAGGUUGCACAUGACGGAGAAUCUUUGGCUGUGUUUGGAGAAGCGCAAGUCGUUACAAUUGCUCUGUUUGAUUCUCUGUUCAGGUACAUGUCUGGAUCAAAGACUUGUGGCAAAUGGUCACUUGUCUCAAAGCUAAUGAGCCAGAAAAAAGUUUCAUGUGAAGCACAAGCAAACGAAUUCACAAGGGUUGAUUCUGAAUUUCUGUCUGAAAAGACCAUGAAGAUAGAAGAUGUUCAGAUUCUAGUAUCAUGCAUUCAAGAUCUUGAAGAUGGAGUUGAAUCACUUUCAAAGUCAUUGAUCAAAUAUAGAGUCUCAGUUCUUAACUCAUUAGGCCAAUAAUGCCUACAAGUUUUGUAUAUAGCAGAGAAGAUAAUAGAAACAUAUUCAA